AUUUGCCAUAGUCCUUGCGGGGCGGAAAUACGACCCGAGGAGAUUUGUGAGGACCGAUAAUUCAGAGGAGCUGAAGCAGCACAGGUUGAUUAAUGGAUGAGUUAGUCCAUGACCUGGUGUCUGCCCUUGAACAGACAUCUGAGCAAACAAAACUGGAUGAGUUUUGGGAAGAAAUGAACUUAAGUCCUCGUCAUCAGCGACGGCAAAUCCGUAAGAGACGUGGUAGAAAGCGUCGUUCUGAUUCAACCCAUUCACUUGAGCACGUCCGCUGUUUCAGUGAGGCCUCCGAGUCUAGCCUAGAAGAAGUGACCAAAGACUGCAGAGAGAAUGUGGCUACAAACUACAGUGACUCUGAUGACAUGAUGAUCAUGAAGAGGCGACCAGCCCUAAGCAGCACUUUAAAAAGCAAGCAGCAUUUAUGGCACGAGUCAGAUUCAUUCACAGAAAGCACUCCGGGUCGACCACUGAGAAGGAGACGGAAAGCUAAGAGGAUGACUUCAGAAGUUGCCGUUGGCCUUGAACAGAAGCUGAAAGUAGUAGAAUUGAAAUGUGAACAGACCUGCAACUUUAAGUGUGCCAAAAAACCUUGCCUGUCCCAGUGUAAGGAGAAUACCUCUUGGGGUUUGGCCCCUGGACCUUGUGAGGCUGGGGAAAAGCGAGGGUUUACACGAGAGAGUGGAAGAAAGGAAAGGCUGAAGUGCGAAGUGGAAGGGCAGAAUAAAGGCUCAGAUGAAAACAUGUCCGAAUGUGAAACCAGCAGUAUUUGCAGCAGUGACACAGGGUUGUUCACAAAUGAUGAAGGCAGACAAGGUGACGAUGAACAGAGUGACUGGUUUUGUGAAGGAGAGUGCGGGACAGGCUUUACAGUACAUAAGAUCCUUUCAAAGUGGGGAGCCGAUCACAGAAAUGAACUUGGCAGCAUGGAAUCUUCUGUGGAAAAUCUGUCCUCACCUACAUUCCUUCUUCCUUCCCGACCACCACAAAGAGGUUUUCAUGCCCGGUUAAACAGACUUCCAGGUGCUGCUGCAAGAUGCAUCAGAAAGGGAAGACGGAGGAUUGCCAGCAAGGACAGCAGUGUUGGCUUUCUGGGAACAGAGAGACUAAACCAUCUUCCAAGUGAUCCUCGACAAAAAAGCUUUUGGGGAUCUUCCGUUGGGAAGAGAGACUGGAACCAGUUUAAUCCCCUGUCACCUCUGUACCCCUUGGAUGUUCUUUCAGAAGGGUCACACAGGCGAUGUUGUUCUGCACUCUGUAAAAACAGACAGACAAACCUGCAUCUAGGAUCUUUAUGUUCCGGGGAUGUGAAGAGAAGACGGAAGACAUGCGGAGCAGGGCCUGCACCUGGUGUUUCAGCUGGCAAUGCAGCAUUGACCUCAGGAAGGCUAGAAAGCAGCACCAGGUUGCUUAGGAAUCCAGAACAAGCAAGCAGAAUGCAAGAAGAGGAAAAGGCAGACUUCAUGGCUCCAUCCAACUUCUUCAGGAUACCACAAGAGAAAGGGCAGGGAGGCAUUUAAAGAGGCACUACAUUGCCCUAAAUUAAGCAGUUGCAUCUGAACUCAAGUGUCGGUCUUUGUGAUUUUAAUUUUUUUUUUUUUUUUGGAAUUAAGUAAUUGCGUUUCAGUUUUUACAGCUUCAGGAAAAGAUGAGUGUCCUUUGAAGAUGAUUUAUCAAAACAUUUUUAAAUAUGCAGUAAUUAUGUAAGCCUUACCUUAUCUUACUUCCCUUUCUUACUUUUGCUGCUUUUGUUGGGUGUUCUAAUGUAUUCCUGAACUCUUAGUAGCACAAGUGUGUUGUGCAUCAGCCUUUGCAGGAGAGGUGCCCUUGUCCUUCAGGACAGUGCCAGGUUUACAUGCAGUCAAAUUCAACUUCUGGAGUACUAUUCCAUGUGUGUCCUAUCCAGAUCCAAGGCUACUGUAAUUUACUAUCUGCACUCAUAAGACAGAGCAGUCCCUGCGGUCAACUUUGUGUGUCCAAAGGUGUGGAUUAUUCCUGUGGUUAUUUAUUUCCUACAACUUGGUCUUGGUUAAUAUCUUACUCCUUGGUCUUCUACACACAUAUGAAAAUACUACAAUGUAUUCUGGUGUGUUGCGUUAUCCCAGCACUGAUUGGCCAGUUUUGUUAAGACCCUCUGAUAUUUGUUUUCUCUCACUUCCAUUUAGAAGGUUAUCUGUAUAUCGAGCUCUGAACACUUUCCUGUCCACCAGUUCAUUUUUUUUAUGAACUGGUAAACCAUGAUAACUAUGUGUUCUCUGCAUAAUUUAAUUAUAUGCUUAUAGUCUG